AUGGUGUCCGAGCAGAAGGCGGAGGAGAAGAUCACCGAGCAGCAUGGUGGUGUGCCCCCCGUUUCGGAGCAGAAGGCCGAGGAGAUGAUCACCGAGCAGCCUGAUGGUGUGCCCGCCGUUUCGGAGCAGAAGGCGGAGAAGAUCACGGAGCAGCCCGAUGGUGUGCCGUCCAAGGUGUCCGAGCAGAAUGCCGAGGAGAAGAUCGCUGAGCAGCCGAAGCAUGCUGGUGGCAACGAUCAGAUCGUGACGGCUGAUCAGGAUGCUCCGGCAAAGUCCAAGCACACCGCUGCUUCAGGUGCUGUACGAUUUGCUGUGGAGAACCCGCAGCUGUUGCACCGGUUUGACUUCAAGGAGGGAGUCAUGGCGCUGAAGCCGGGGGAGACGGAGCACGAUCGGGACUGCAGGUUGGCCCACAACCUGUAUGUUCGCUACAACAAGUCUGUGAAGGGUCCGAACUGCCCGCCGGAGGUGGCAGAGAAGGUGGCGAAUGCCCGUCGCGGCAGCCGAACGAUCGAGACCAUGUUCGCGGAUUGGGUAUCCAGCAGGGGGGACCUCAUCAAGAAGGAAGGUCAGGAGGAAGCCAUGGAUUGGGAUCUCUUGCGGGUGUGGGACUCUGCGGCCAUCGAGAAAGUGGACAAGCACAAGGUCGCGAGCGGGACCAACUCUGAGAUGCCAGAGAUGGUGCGGGGGCUCUUGGCAGCGGCCAGUGCGAGCUCAGGAUCAGCAGCAGCAGCACCGGCGCCCACGGCUGGAGGUGCCCCGAUGAUGGCACUGCCGUGUCCGACGCCACUACCUGGCCAGGAGGAGUUGGGUGCAUCUUUGGGCAGCACGCAGCUGCCGAUCGUGAAGAAGCCUAAGGCUCUUGUGAACAAGUGCGAGAACAAAAUCAAGACGGGGAACGAAAAGAUCGCUGACAUGGAUGUCUUGAUGGAGGAGAUGAAAGAGUAUGAGCAGAUGCCAGCUGCCGUGAAAGAUGCCUACACCGUCGAGCUCAAGGCUCAUGUGGAAGGCCUGGAGCUGAAGAUUAAGACGUUGCAGCACGAGCUGGACGAAGGCGACGGAUCGAAGCUCCAGGAUCACCUUGAUGAGUUGGGCCAGGGCAUCAGCGAUUACAUGCAGGCUUCGGGCGGAUACUUACUCGCACGGUCGCAUGUCGGUCGUAUCGAUGAGCUGGGGCCAAUGGCCCGCCAUGUUCUUCAGUGCACCGGCAAAGGAGACCUUAGCUUCGCCGCUGCCCGCGAGAUGCUCCAACGAUCGCACGAGGAACUCAGUAUGCAUGGGCAGAAGCUGGGAGUGCAAGCGGUUAUUCCACAUGUCCUAGCACACCGACACCUUGACCUGCAGCAGCUCACGACCGAGACUGCUGCCUACUGGAGUCACAUGAGGGAGCACUCCGAAUGGGGUCGGGACCACCCGGGCUCCAACCGGCACCACCCACUUUUCCUCUAUGGGGAUGAUGCUCAGUUCAGUCAGCAAGAGAAAUUAACGGUGGUGUAUUGUGGUUUCUGCCUCGAUGCGAGAAAGAACUCAAUGUGUGUGCAUUUGCCUCUCUUCAUCAUUCGCUGUUCGCUUUCCGCGGGCUUCGAAACUUUGCAGGCGUUUUUGAAGCCAGUUGUGGCUUCGUUGAACUACCUGUUUUAUGGCUUCCACCCACGGUUCCCGAUCAUCGAUCGCCAGGGCAAUUGCGGAUCCUUCGGCCCAGUUGAUCGCUCGGACCUGUCUGAAGAGCCUUUGAUGGAUGCCACGGACGGCCUCCCGCUUGUAGCAGCUGUGACAGAAAUCCGGGGAGACUGGAAAUUCUACAAAGUCUCCUAG